UGAUGCUGAAACAGACCCCUGUGCUGCCCCCUACAAUCACAGACCAAAUCCGGCUGUGGGAGCUGGAGCGGGACAGACUGCGCUUCUCUGAGGGUGUUCUCUACAACCAGUUCCUGUCCCAGGUGGAUUUUGAGCUGUUGCGUGAUCAUGCGAGGGAACUUGGGGUGCUUGUUUUUGAGAACCCUUCCAAGCGUCUCAUGGUGGUGACGCCUGCUGGUCACUCAGAUGUCAAACGCUUCUGGAAGCGGCAGAAACACAGUUCCUGAGGGCAGUUGCUACCUUCAAGAUAGAUGCUGAAAGCUUGAGACGGUGAACAAGUGGUUAUAUCAUUUUGCCCAAUAACUCUGGAUGGCUAACAAAGACAUGGAAAUAAAGAAGAAGUCUUAACUGAUUACUCCUCUUCAGCCAAAUAGAAGUUAAGAAUAAUGUGAAACCCCUCUGGGGGUUUUCCAGUAAGAGAGCGGUUAAAUUCUUUUUUGUCUUCUGGAAAUUCUCUCGGAAAGGAAAGGAACGGAACAACAUGAGCGAGUGUGCACAAACUUUCAGAAAAUUUGAAAUGGGUAAAUGACGCAAAUGGCUUCCUCUUCUAGAUGUAGCUUCUUGGGACUAGUGAAUGACUUGAACAGAAGAUAAUGCUGGAUUAUUACAAAUACUUAUCCACUUGUGUGGAUAGGAGUCUGUUGACUCUUGGUGUAUGAGAGGCAUGUGAGAAUAAUAAUUUUUCAAAAUA